AUGCUACGACGGACAGUAGUCGUGCUGACUGCGCUUUUCUCCGGUCUGUGCUUCCUUGAACCAACUUUGAACGCCAUCGCCUUGAUGCUAUUCAGUGUUCCAGCUGCACUGGUUAUCCACUAUGAAGGCACACACUCCGGAAUUCCGGACAUCGAAAACUUUCCGCGCCGAAUUCUCACUCUGUGGUUCACGUCGUUCGGAUUCUGGUUCGCUGAUCGGCUGUUGUGCGAUGUUUGGCUGUGGCUCGGUGCCCCUUACCUACACGCGCUCUUCCAUUUACUAGCUGGCCUUGCUGGCUAUACCGUUUUCGUGAUGUUCUCUAUGAUCGAUAUCGAGACAAGGAGCUCGUCUCACAGGUAUACUGCGGCAGUACGAUAUUUUCCGGACAAAUCCGGAUCGCUGUUCUCUUUCCCGUAUAUCUCACUACGGGAGAAAAACUGCUGA